GGAGGGCGGGGGCUGCGGUCAAACCCACCGCGACCGAAGAGGCUCCAGGAGCGAGAGAGCGAGAGAAGGGAGGGAGGAGAGAACCGCAGCCCGCUGCAGCGACGCAGCCCCGCGCACAGCCUGCAUGGGGCCACUCGGUUAGCUAGCACUUAGCAUCGCCCGCUCCUGCCGCCGCGGACCCCCGGCUCGUCAGCUCCGUGAUUUUCCUCCCCGGUUCCCCCCCCCCCUCCUCCUCUACCCGCCCAACGAGCCCUCCCUGCCCGGCGCCAAGAUGAUGAAGUUUCGGUUCCGCCGGCAGGGAACCGACCCGCAGAGGGAGAAGAUUAAACAGGAGCUGUUCGCCUUCAACAAGACUGUGGAGCAUGGCUUUCCCCAUCAGCCCAGUGCUUUGGCCUUUGACCCCAAGCUGCAACUUAUGGCCAUUGGAACAAAGUCAGGAGCCAUCAAAGUUUACGGGGCCCCUGGUGUUGAGUUCACAGGACUACACCAAGACACCACUGCAGUCACACAGAUCCACUUCCUGCCUGGACAGGGGCGGCUGCUGUCGCUGCUGGAUGACAACACCAUCCACCUGUGGGAGCUCGUGGCCGGGCCCCCCAGAGAGGUGGGAGGAGUUAAGAAAGAGGGUGUGGCCUCUCUCCAAGAAGUGGACAGCUACAGCCUCCCUGGAAGACCUGGCAUCGAGAGCUGCAGUGCCACUCGGGUGACCGUACUCCUGCUGCUGAGGUCAUGUGACCUGCUCUGCAUUGGAACGGAGGGAGGGGGCGUGUACUUCCUGCAGUUGCCCCGCCUGUCACUGAGGGACGACCAGACGCUGCUCCAGGAUCAGGUCACGCAGAGCCUGCCAGAUGACUACAGAUGUGGGAAAUCUUUAGGGCCGGUGGAGUCACUUCAGGAGCACCCGCAGCAUUCUGGGAAGAUUCUGAUCGGCUACAGCAGAGGCCUGGUGGUCCUAUGGGAUCUGAGCACUCAUCAUGCCGACCAGCUCUUCCUGGGCAAGCAGCAGCUGGAGAGCCUGGUGUGGGAACGCACUGGAAAACUGUUUGUCAGUUCCCAUAACGAUGGGGGCUACUCUGUGUGGCCUGUCACCAGUGGCAACACCUACAACCACCAGCCAAUGUCCUCCAACAUCCCGUAUGGUCCAUUUCCCUGCAAGGCCAUCAGCAAGAUCCUGUGGAGGACAGUAGAGACGGGUUCUCCGGUGCUGUUGUACAGUGGGGGGAUGCCCAGAGCCAGCUACGGCGACCGCCACUGCCUGACCAUCCAGCAGGACAAAGACCACGUCACUUUCGACUUCACAUCCCGAGUCAUUGACUUCUUCACUGUUCACAACACCGAGCAGGAGAAAGAGUGUGAUGACCCCUCGGCAGUGGUCGUGUUACUAGAAGAGGAGCUGGUUGUCAUCGACCUCCAGACCCCCGGGUGGCCCACUCUGCCGACUCCCUACCUAGCUCCUCUCCACUCGUCCGCCAUCACCUGCUCCUGUCACAUCUCCAGUGUUCCUCCUAAACUGUGGGAGCGGCUGGUCAACGCAGGCAAAGCACAGCAGGGCUCGCUACACACAAACAGGAGUUGGCCCAUAUGUGGAGGGAAAAACCUGGCACCCCCGCCCAAACAACAAGAGCUGCUGUUGACAGGACAUGAGGACGGCACUGUUCGCUUCUGGGAUGCCUCGGGCGUUGCUCUCACGCCGCUGUACAAACUCAGCACCGCCAACGUCUUCCACACGGACUGUUACCCCUGUGACGACCCCCAGGACCCAGGAAGUGACCCGGACAUGCAGCAGGAGGAGGAGUGGCCUCCCUUCAAGAAGGUGGGCUGUUUCGACCCGUACAGCGAUGACCCCCGACUCGGCAUCCAGAAGAUCAGUAUGUGCAAAUACAGCAACAAGCUGGUGGUGGCUGGAACUGCUGGACAGGUGAUAGUGAUGGGUUUGAGCGACGAGCCCUCGGACCACUUUGUGGACGUGUCGGUGGUCGAUCUGCUUCAGGACCGGGAGGGCUUCACCUGGAAGGGCCACGACAGGCUGGAGCCGCGCCUCAAACCCGCCCCCUUCCCCCCAGGCUUCCAGCCUCUGGUGCUGGUGCAGUGUCUGCCCCCGGCCUCAGUCACAGCGGUGGCGCUGCAUGCCGAGUGGAACCUGAUCUCCUUUGGGACAAGUCAUGGGUUUGGCUUGUUUGACUACCACAGACGAAACGCUGUGCUGGCCAGGUGCACCCUGCACCCUAAUGACUCCUUGGCGAUGGAGGGCCCACUGUCCAGAGUCAAGUCCUUAAAGAAAUCAUUACGGCAAAGCUUUAGACGCAUUCGCAAGAGCAGGGUGUCGGGGAAGAAACGCCCAAUCACCACACCCACCAGCAAGGUGCAAGAGGCUAACGCUGCUUUAGCCGAGCAGGAGGAAAUGGCUCCUAUACAGCGAAGGAUUGAGCCCCGGUCAGCAGACGACUCGCUGUCUGGUGUCGUCCGAUGUCUUUGCUUCGCCGACACCUUCCUGCGUGAUGGUACACACCACGGCCCCACUCUUUGGGCGGGCACCAACUCGGGCAGUGUGUACGCCUACGCUCUGGAGGUCCCCGGCAUUGGCUCGGGACGUGCGUGUGAGCGGGGCGGCGCGAGCGAGGGCAGCGUGUGCGUGGAGGCGCUGCUGGGCAAAGAGAUUCAGCUGAUGCACAGGGCCCCUGUGGUGUCGAUCUGCGUGUUGGACGGCCGGGGGAAACCGUUACCGGACCCAUACGAAGCCUCCCAGGACCUCUCCAUCGCGCCGGAUAUGGCCAACGCUCACUCUGUCCUCAUUGCAUCAGAGGAACAGCUCAAGGUGUUCUCUCUCCCCAAGGUGAGCGCCAAGACCAAGUUCAAGCUGACGGCGCAUGAAGGCUGUCGGGUGAGGAAGGUGGCCCUGGUGGUCUUCAGCUCCACGACUCAGGAAGACUACAGCGAACACACACUGGUGUGUCUCACCAACAUGGGAGACAUGCACCUCUUUAACAUCCCGGCCCUUCGACCACAGGUUCGUUACGACUGCAUCCGCAAAGAAGACAUCAGCGGUAUUGCAUCCUGUGUCUUCACCAAGAAUGGACAGGGCUUCUACCUGAUCUCUCCCUCAGAGUACGAGAGGUUCUCACUGUCUGCGAAGGUCGUCACUGAGCCGCUCUUCUCCGUUCAGCUGGAUCGAUCACUAGAAGCCACACUUGCCUGCGAUGGUAUGACGACGCAGCCGCAAGCCAACGGAACCCACAAGAACCAGAUGAGUCAGGCUGAGGGACAAACAGAGGAGCUUCCGAGUUCCCUGUCCUCUCCCAACCUGGACACCCCGCUGGACUCCCCCCUCAGCUGCGCCGACCUCACCCUCGACUCCACCGGAGAGCUCACCGUGGAGGACGUCAGGGAUUUCCUAACCACUGUGGACGAGGCAGAGAACAACCUGAAGAACAUUAAAGAGGAGGAGGGACACUCGACUGGCAUCCUCAUCAACUGAACACUAUUGACAGGAAGGGGCACAAGUGGCGUGUGAAUGGAGCAGAUUUCCGUGCUGCACCACAGACGUCUCCCAUCAGCCCACUGUGGAGCCCCCCCCCGCCCGCACUCUGCACUCUUCUGCCCGGCACGGACUGAGAGGAAAGCCUCACCAUGGACAAAUGACUCAAUGUUGAAGACUCGGUUUGGCUUCUUCUACCGGAGGGAACUCAAAUCUUCUUCUUCUCUAACCACUUUGGAAACAUGAAAUCACCGGAGACAAUGAAGGUCCAGCUGAGGAUCGCCUGGUUCUGGACAGACUUGGACGUGAUGAUUCUCAUUUCAUGAACUACAGGCUGAACUUUCUGUCGUCCAUCUUGACGCCCUGUGUGAUUAUUCCUCCUCGGCCUUUCCCCUGGAUGCUUCCAGCCGGUGGAGGCAGUCUCGCUCAAUGACUGUAGCUCCGCCUUCCAGGAAAGAGACUUUAACGGAAAACGUUUCCAUGUUGUUAUUUUUCUAUCCAGAGUUUUGUGGCGUGCUCGGCUCGGUCUGAGUUUCUCCCACAGAUGGAACUGUCGAUUCCUCGUGCACACUAGUGGAAGUGAAGGACUGUUCUGCAGGCUGCUGAUGACCUGAAGAUGUCCAGCAGAGACUGAAAGAGGGAGAGUUGUAGCGUUUCACAGAGAUCAAGACUAGCAAUGAAGUAUUUUGAAUAUUAGAGUAUUGAAAGUUGUAGCAUUUCUAUUCUUCCCCCCCCUCUACGGUGCCAAUAAGGGCAGUUGAGUUGCCUUCACCCAGAGAGGAGGUGGAGCAUAAAUCAGCUGUUUCUGGUUCAAACCGGACGUCGCACACAAGCACAUUUUCUCCCCAGGUUUUAACAGGCUCUGCCUUGUCUCUCGGUACUGAAGAAAAACAAUCUGAAGGGGUUUUUGCAAAGAUUUACACUGUUAAAUAUGUUUUUAUGGCUUUUGGAGAAGGUAAAGAUGUAAAGAAAGAAAUAUAGAGUUGGGGGGCACAAGAAGAAAGAACUGACAGCAAUGACAAAGGGAACCAGCAGAGGAGGGAAGUGAAGGUGUUCUUGGUAUUUAGGACUAGAGCAGAUUCAGGUGAAAUUAUACUUUGAAACAUGUUGAAAAUUUCCCUUUUACUAAAUUAACGGUCUUAAGUUUCAAAACAGAUUCUUGGUUUCUCUCAACUACCUUUUUUAAAUUUGUUAUAUUCUGAUUGGUCGGUGCAAAGUGAGGAAGAGGUGGCCGGUUCGAUGUUUUAUGGUACGACACAGCUGCAGCCUCAGUGGAACAUCUGGCUGCUCUUUAAUGUGACGUCGCUGGCAGUUUUACAAACGGACGGUGUGAUCUGAAGUUACGGAAUAAGUGACGGCCUGAAGAGUUAGUUUGUUUCUAGAGGUUUGCUUUGUCCCUUCUGGGCUCCUGUAGAAACGUGGGACACAACAUGGCGGACUGACGAGGACCCUCUCCCUCUGUCGAUAUGAAGGGCUCAAUGUAAGCUGCACUAAAACCGUAAAACAAACACAGAUGAAAACUUAAAACGGAAGAUAAUAAUCAGUUGUUUGCCAAUAGAUCCGAUGUUUAAAUCAAAUCCUUGUUUGGAAGACGAGGAUGAAAUCCGAGCUCCUUCCUCCCCUGAAUGUUUGGACUCGGCACGUGUGGCAAGGGAAGCAAAGUCAGUCUGAAAGAGGAGUGGGAUGUUUCUGUCUGUGAACGGGUGCAUUCUGGGUAAUAUUGGCUAGACACAGACUUUUUAAGUUCACCACCACUUUUUUAAAGAAUUCACUGUAUUAAUUAAAACAAAAAACUGAUCCAGUAUCUAUAUCUAGUUCUGCUAAAGACAGGUUUAAUACGAGCCGACGAUAGUAAAACCGCUCGGUUCUUCUAGCUUCUCCAUCACCUUGUGUAAAACGUAAAAAAGGGACCUCACUACUAAUGUAGCUCAACAGGUAGGAAUCAUGUUCACGCUUCUUUUUUACUCUUGUGUUAGUUUCUUUUUUUUGUUUUUUUGGUGUUCUGGUUGAAUAAUUAACCCUUUCAUGCUCCAGCUGGCACGAUUUACCUUUAACUCCACAAUUACGAUUCGUUUGUUUCUACUUUGUGAUUCAGUUUCGUGUGUAGGAUUUUAAUCAGGUCAUUUAGCUUUUUUUUUUUCGGCUGAUGAAAAAUUGUGAAUGUUAAUAAAAUUAUUUACUCUCUCA